AUGCCCCCGCCACCUCUCCCUUCACCUCGCCCGUCCAACGGCCGCAUUCCUUCCCUCAACCAGUUCCCAGCCCCCAACUCCGCCCAGCGUGCCCGCGGCCCUGCACCCAAUCGCGGCCUUGCUGCACCUUCGUCUUCAUCAUCCGGCCUCGCUCCUCCCCCCACGCUCGCCGCCAAGCCGCAGAAACCCAGCCGCCAGGUUGUCCUCACGCCGGGCCACUCUCCGCUAGACUGGGCGAGGAUAUCCGGGCCCAAUGCCGAUUUGCGCGGCGUGGCUGCGUCGACCCCUUACCUGCGUGUGACGCCUUCGAUGCUCAAGACGCAGACUGGUCGCAAGGGCAAGGACGCUUGGAUGGCUAUCAAUGGAAAGGUAUACAAUGUUACGCCAUAUGCGAGAUUCCAUCCUGGAGGUGUGCCGGAGCUCAUGAGGGGCGCGGGACGAGAUGGCACGAAGCUGUUUGGAGAGAUCCACCCAUGGGUCAACUAUGAGACCAUGCUGGCGGCGUGUCUUGUGGGGUUGCUGGUCGAAGAGUCGGAUGGUAAGGAGAAUGAUAUGGAUCAAAUGGAUUAG